AAAAGAAAUCCCAGGUCUUGUGGUUUCGUUUCCUUUGAUUCUCUAAAAUGAAAUUGAUCAAAAUCCGAGUCUUCUGGUUUUGUUUCCUUUGAUUCUCUAUCAAUUUCACGUCAAGUACGAUCCAGUAUGAACACCGAACAUCAAAGGUAUGAGAGCAGUACACGUUUAAUGGUUUUACAGUUAUUGAAUUAAAGAUUCUGAGAGUCGGUGCUUCACCAUCCUCGCUUUCCUUUUGAGAAGAGAGUACCUGCAACUCCUCAAUCACCGAAACCAGGAACCCUAUCUAUUAUACAAUCAGAGAAAUGAGAAGACGCACCAUGUAUGCCUGGGCGGUGGCGAUAUUAUGCUUCGUGGUCCUGAUGAUUGUCACUCCAGCCAUCCCUCAGUCCCAAGAGUACCACGACUUCGCUGACCAGCGCGAAUUCUUUGGCAUACCCAAUACAUUGAAUGUGGUUUCCAAUUUUCCAUUCCUUGUCAUCGGUCUGAUAGGGCUUGUUUUAUGCUAUCAUGGGAAUUAUUUCAAGCUGAGCCUGCAAGGAGAGCUUUGGGGCUGGACAUGCUUCUUCAUUGGCGUGGCUGCUGUUGCUUUUGGUUCUGGCUACUAUCAUCUCAAGCCCAAUGAUGAUCGUCUUGUAUGGGAUCGUUUGCCAAUGACUAUAGCAUUCACUUCCAUCAUUGCAAUAUUCAUCAUUGAAAGGGUUGAUGAGCGGAAGGGAACAGUAUCUAUUAUUCCUCUACUUUUGGCUGGAGUAAUAAGCAUUGUGUAUUGGAGGUUCUUCGACGACCUUCGUCCUUAUGCCCUUGUUCAGUUUGUUCCUUGCAUUGCCAUCCCCUUGAUGGCCAUAUUGUUGCCUCCGAUGUAUACACAUUCUGCUUAUUGGCUUUGGGCAGCAGGAUUUUAUCUUUUAGCUAAGGUGGAAGAAGCGGCUGAUAAGAUGAUAUAUGGAUGGACUCAUCAUAUUGUUAGUGGACACACUCUCAAGCAUUUGUGUGCUGCAAUGGUUCCUGUCUUCUUGACGCUUAUGCUUGCAAAGAGGACGGUUGAAACGGAGAGGAAAAGUCUACUAAAAACAUGGAAGAUUUCAUGGACCAAGGUGAAAGAAAAUGGAAAUGAGUUGAAAGUCGAGAGUUGCACUUGUACAUACUCGAGUGUUCCGAUUGAGGAAUCUGAUAGUCAGGUUGCUGUACCAGCUUCUUCAGUUUAACAAACCAAAAGCAAUUGUAGACAAGUAGAAAAAUAAAAGAAAAAAGUUACUACAAAUUUGUUCUUGUUUAUCAGCAAAAGAACUUGUAGGAUUUGUACUUUUAUGCUGGGGAAAUUUGUAUAAGCGGGUUGAAAUUAUAAUUCUUACAGUAGGAGAUGUUACAAUCUAUGAUAUACAUUUAUCCAAGAUCAUAUUAAAUGUGAUACAAGUUCAUGAUA